AUUUCGAACGCUGCCUCUGGCUAGCAGCCAGGCGCCUUGGCUCGGCGGUCCGCCCGGCCUCCCUCCUCCUCAUACUUUUCUUCCUGCGCAACCCCCUCCCCUUUAUCCGCCCACGAUUAGAGGUGGGCACUCCCCCCCUUCCACCACCCCCUCCCCAAGCGCAAGCGCGCUCACGCACACACACCACACACACUCACACUCACACACACUCACACACACUCAUCCCGCUUGAAUCUUGGGGCAGGAAUUCAGAAAACGUCCAGCCCGGGCAGCGCGCGCUUGGUGCAAGACUCAGGAGCGAGCAGCCCGUCCCCCUCCGACUCUCCGGUGCCGCCGCCGCCUGCUCCCGCCACCCGAGGAGGCGCGGUGCCACCCACUGCUCUGUCCUCUGCUUGUGCUCCGUGCCCGACCCUAUCCCGGCGGAAUCUCCCCAUCCUCCUUUGCUUUCCGACUGCCCAAGGCACUUUCAAUCUCAAUCUCUUUCUCUCUCUCUCUCUCACUUUCUCUCUCUCUCUCUCGAGCGGGGUGGGGGGAAGAGGAGGAGGAAUUCUUUCCCCGCCUAACAUUUCAAGGGACACAAUUCACUCCAAGUCUCUUCCCUUUCCAAGCCGCUUCCGAAGUGCUCCCGGUGCCCGCAACUCCUGAUCCCAACCCACGAGAAGAGCCUCUGCGACCUCAAAACCUCUCUUCCUUCUCCCUCGCUUCCCUCCUCCUCUCGCUACCUCCACCUCCACCGCCACCUCCACCUCCGGCACCCACCCACCGCCGCCGCCGCCGCCGCCACCGGCAGCGCCUCCUCCUCUCCUCCUCCUCCUCCCCUCUUCUCUUUUUGGCAGCCGCUGGACGUCCGGUGUUGAUGGUGGCAGCGGCGGCAGCCUAAGCAACAGCAGCCCUUGCAGCCCGCCAGCUAGCGCUUGCCCCGCCGGCGUCCCCAGCCCUAUCACCUCAUCUCCCGAAAGGUGCUGGGCAGCUCCGGGGCAGUCGAGGCGAAGCGGCUGCAGCGGCGGUAGCGGCGGCGGGAGGCAGGAUGAGCGCACGCGGUGAGGGCGCGGGGCAGCCGUCCACUUCAGCCCAGGGACAACCUGCCGCCCCGGCGCCUCAGAAGAGAGGACGCGGCCGCCCCAGGAAGCAGCAGCAAGAACCAACCGGUGAGCCCUCUCCUAAGAGACCCAGGGGAAGACCUAAAGGCAGCAAAAACAAGAGUCCCUCUAAAGCAGCUCAAAAGAAAGCAGAAGCCACUGGAGAAAAACGGCCAAGAGGCAGACCUAGGAAAUGGCCACAACAAGUUGUUCAGAAGAAGCCUGCUCAGGAGGAAACUGAAGAGACAUCCUCACAAGAGUCUGCCGAAGAGGACUAGGGGGCGCCAACGUUCGAUUUCUACCUCAGCAGCAGUUGGAUCUUUUGAAGGGAGAAGACACUGCAGUGACCACUUAUUCUGUAUUGCCAUGGUCUUUCCACUUUCAUCUGGGGUGGGGUGGGGUGGGGCGGGGGAGGGUGGGGGUGGGGUGGGGAGAAAUCACAUAACCUUAAAAAGGACUAUAUUAAUCACCUUCUUUGUAAUCCCUUCACAGUCCCAGGUUUAGUGAAAAACUGCUGUAAACACAGGGGACACAGCUUAACAAUGCAACUUUUAAUUACUGUUUUCUUUUUUCUUAACCUACUAAUAGUUUGUUGAUCUGAUAAGCAAGAGUGGGCGGGUGAGAAAAACUGAAUUGGGUUUAGUCAAUCACUGCACUGCAUGCAAACAAGAAACGUGUCACACUUGUGAUGUCGGGCAUUCAUAUAGGAAGAACGCGGUGUGUAACACUGUGUACACCUCAAAUACCACCCCAACCCACUCCCUGUAGUGAAUCCUCUGUUUAGAACACCAAAGAUAAGGACUAGAUACUACUUUCUCUUUUUCGUAUAAUCUUGUAGACACUUACUUGAUGAUUUUUAACUUUUUAUUUCUAAAUGAGACGAAAUGCUGAUGUAUCCUUUCAUUCAGCUUACAAACCAGAAAAGGUUAUGUUCAUUUUUCAAAAAGGGAAGUAAGCAAACGAAUAUUGCCAACUCUUCUAUUUAUGGAUAUCACACAUAUCAGCAGGAGUAAUAAAUUUACUCACAGCACUUGUUUUCAGGACACUUCAUUUUUAGGAAAUCUACUUCCUACAGAGCCAAAUGCCAUUUAGCAAUCAAUAACACUUGUCAACCUCAGAGCAUUUAAGGAACCUAGACAAGUAAAAUUAUCCUCUUUGUAAUUUAAUGAAAAGGUACAACAGAAUAAUGCAUGAUUAACUCACCUAAUUAUGAGGUGAGAGGAGCGAAAUCUAAAUUUCUUUUGCUAUAAUUAUACAUCAAUUUAAAAAGCAAAAAAAAAAAAGGGGGGGGCACUCUGUCUCUCUCUGUCUCUCUCCCUCUUCCUCUCCCUCUCUCUUUUCAUUGUGUAUCAGUUUCCAUGAAAGACCUAAAUACCACUUACCUCAAAUUAAGCAUAUGUGUUACUUCAAGUAAUACGUUUUGACAUAAGAUGGUUGACCGAGGUGCUUUUCUUCGGCUUGAGUUCACCAUCUCUUCAUUCAAACUGCACUUUUAGCCAGAGAUGCAAUAUAUCCCCACUACUCAAUACUACCUCUGAAUGUUACAAUGAAUUUACAGUCUAGUACUUAUUACAUGCUGCUAUACACAAGCAAUGCAAGAAAAAAACUUACUGGGUAGGUGAUUCUAAUCAUCUGCAGUUCUUUUUGUACACUUAAUUACAGUUAAAGAAGCAAUCUCCUUACUGUGUUUCAGCAUGACUAUGUAUUUUUCUAUGUUUUUUUAAUUAAAAAUUUUUACAAAUACUUGUUUCAGCUUCUCUGCUAGAUUUCUACAUUAACUUGAAAAUGUUUUAACCAAGUCGCUCCUAGGUUCUUAAGGAUAAUUUUCCUCAAUCACACUACACAUCACACAAGAUUUGACUGUAAUGUUUAAAUAUUACCCUCCAAGUCUGUACCUCAAAUGAAUUGUUUAAGGAAAUGGACUAAUUGACUUGCAAAGACCUACCUCCAGACUUCAAAAGAAAUGAACUUGUUACUUGCAGCAUUCAUUUGUUUUUUCAAUGUUUGAAAUAGUUCAAACUGCAGCUAUCCCUAGUCAAAACUAUUUUUAUAAAAGACGUUUGAUAGAAAGGAACACAUUUUUACAUACUUUUGCAAAAUAAGUAAAUAAUAAAUAAAAUAAAAGCCAACCUUCAAAGAAACUUGAAGCUUUGUAGGUGAGAUGCAACAAGCCCUGCUUUUGCAUAAUGCAAUCAAAAAUAUGUGUUUUUAAGAUUAGUUGAAUAUAAGAAAAUGCUUGACAAAUAUUUUCAUGUAUUUUACACAAAUGUGAUUUUUGUAAUAUGUCUCAACCAGAUUUAUUUUAAACGCUUCUUAUGUAGAGUUUUUAUGCCUUUCUCUCCUAGUGAGUGUGCUGACUUUUUAACAUGGUAUUAUCAACUGGGCCAGGAGGUAGUUUCUCAUGACGGCUUUUGUCAGUAUGGCUUUUAGUACUGAAGCCAAAUGAAACUCAAAACCGUCUCUCUUCCAGCCACUUCAGGGAGGUAGUUUCAAAAGCCACAUACCUCUCUGAGACUGGCAGAUUGCUCACUGUUGUGAAUCACCAAAGGAGCUAUGGAGAGAAUUAAAACUCAACAUUACUGUUAACUGUGCAUUAAAUAAGCAAAUAAACAGUGGCUCAUAAAAAUAAAAGUCGCAUUCCAUAUCUUUGGAUGGGCCUUUUAGAAACCUCAUUGGCCAGUUCAUAAAAUUGAAACAAUUGCUCGUGUUGGCCAAACAUGGUACACCGAGUGAUUUCCAUCUCUGGUGAAGUUACACUUUUAUUUCCCGUACGUUGUACAAUCAAAACACACUACUACCUCUUAAGUCCCAGUAUACCUCAUUUUUCAUACUGAAAAAAAAAAGCUUGUGGCCAAUGGAACAGUGAGAACAUCAUAAAAUUUUUAUAUAUAUAGUUUAUUUUUGUGGGAGAUAAAUUUUAUAGGACUGUUCUUUGCUGUUGUUGGUCACAGCUAAAUAAGACUGGACAUUUAACUUUUCUACCAUUUCUGCAAGUUAGGUAUGUUUGCAGGAGAAAAGUAUCAAGACGUUUAACUGCAGUUGACUUUCUCCCUGUUCCUUUGAGUGUCUUCUAACUUUAUUCCCUGUUCUUCAUGUAGAAUUGCUGUCUAUGAUUGUACUUUGAAUCGCUUGCUUGUUGAAAAUAUUUCUCUAGUGGAUUAUCACUGUCUGUUCUGCACAAUAAACAUAACAGCCUCUGUGAUCCCCA